GUGACCUCCGGAUGACGUUAAUUUUCUUCGCCGGAAAAGGAGGUUUUCUAUAGAGAGGCUGCUGGAGUUCUGACUCUAUUUAAAGUUGAUCUUGAAAAAUUAUGGCUGAGAGGUGGACCAAUGGACACUCCUCUUCAAUAUUAUGUUUGAAUGUGAGCAAAGAUGGUCUGGUGGUUUCAGGAGCAGAAGGAGGAGAACUGACCAUCUGGAAUGAGGAAGGGAGUCGAAUAGAACAGACAUGGCUUCAGAAAGCAGAUGACGUUACUUGUGUCAUAUUCUCUCCUAUCUGCCCCAGAAGACUAUAUGCUUCUCAUGGGGAAACAGUUAGUGUGCUGGAUAUCAGAUGUCUCAAGGAGCCAGUUGAAUGUUUUCAUGUGAAUGAAGAGGAGAUCAAUUAUCUUUCAGUAAAUGAAACAGACGGUCUUUUAGCUGUUGCAGAUGAUUCUGGAGCCAUAAAGAUAAUUGACUUGGAAAGCAAGAAGUUAAGCCGCUGCCUGAGUAGACACUCAAAUAUUUGUACCUCUGCUGUGUUUCGGCCCCAAAGACCUCAAUGUCUUGUUUCGUGUGGUCUGGAUAUGAAG